AUUAUAUUCCCUAAGACUCACAUAGGGGAAAGAGACGGGUCAGGCAGAGGGAGGGGUGUCUUUUGAGUUAGUUUUGUUUCACACAUGAAGAGAAAGGAGCUGAUCAUGAACGUUAUUUUGAUCCUUGCGUGCUUCAUUGUGUGCGCGGCAGGCGCGCUGCAGGAGAAGGCGGAGUCGACCACCCCGAUCCCUACCCUGUCUCCUCCGGAGGGAAACACGAGCUUCAUCGACGGUGUCACCUGGUGCGUCGCGCGGCCGGGAGUCCCCCAGGAGGACCUCCAGAACGCGCUGGACUGGGCGUGCGGCCAGGGCGCAGCCGACUGCUCGCCGCUGCAGCCGGGCGGGCAUUGCUACCAGCCCAACACGCUCCUGUUGCACGCCUCCUACGCCUUCAACAUCUUCUACCAGCAGAACGGCAAUUCCGACAUCGCCUGCAACUUCGGCGGCGCUGGAACCAUCACCAAGAGGGACCCAAGUUUCGGGCUAUGCAAGUUCCUGGCAUCUGAGACUUCUGCUGCUUCAGCGCUCGUGUUGAGGAGCAUGAGGAUGAUCUGUGCUGCGUUUCUGACCAUGCUCCAGCUCAGACUUUUCAAAGCUGUGCGCUGAGCGCCGUGUGUCGGUGGCUGGGAUGGCUUACUGUGGUGCUACCAAAGUAUGUAAUGCAAAAUCAACAAUGCUAUGGUGGUUUCUCCUUUUUUGCACUUAUGCAAGGAACUUUUUCUGUAAUUUUACAAGGACAUGCCUUCGGAGUAUAUAUCUAUAUUUUAUUAAAAGGUUAUUGAAUGCAAACUGAAUAUAGGAAGUGCCCACUGGCCACUGCCACCUUUUCUCCUCA